AUGCUAAAUCUUGAAGAGGUUUUUGAGAAGUUAGAGAUUUCCUCUGAAAAGAGACAUGAAGUGAUGAAAAAGGAACAGGUUGUGAAGAAUAUGGAGAAGAUUUUUUCUGGAAGAUCCUUCUCCAACAGACUUUUAUAUACUCUUGCCUGCACAGCUUCAAGAAAUGCCAAUGUUGAGUUGCUAGCCAAUCUCAUUGAGUCUGGAACCAUAAAGAACGAGAGUAUGCUGAAGGAGUGCUUAAAACAUAUGGGGAAAAAAGAGGUUUCGGCCGAGGAAAUGGUUUCCUUUGUAAAGUCCAAUGAAGUUGACGAGGAGAGUAUAAAGAAUAACAUUGCUAAGAUGAGGAGAGAGGGAUUAUCAAAGAAAGAUAUGCUUAGCAAAGCAAGAAAUACCAUGCCUUGCGCGGAUUUCAGAAUUGUGAUGGAAGAAAUAAAUAAGAUCCCCGAUGAUGUGGAAGAGCAUGAGGAAAACCUAGAAGGAGGAGACUGGCUGGAAGAAGGAGAGAUCAGGAAACUUCCAAAACCUGGGGAAACCCCACAGGUCAGUGAAGAGAUAAGGCAAGCGCACUUAAAGAGAACAGGAGGGAGAGUGGUUACCAGAUUUCCUCCUGAACCUAACGGGAUUCUCCAUAUUGGGCAUGCAAAGGCAAUAAAUUUGAGCUUUGAAUAUGCCAAGAAAUUUGGAGGAUAUACUUAUUUGAGAUAUGAUGAUACAAAUCCAAAGAACGAAGAAGUGGAGUACUUUGAUUCGAUUUAUGAGGACGUUCGAUGGCUUGGGUUUGAGCCCUAUAAGGUUACUGCAUCAAGCGAUUACUUCGACAAGAUGGUUGAGUUUGGAUUUCAGCUUAUAAAAAAGGGAAAAGCAUAUGUCUGCCACUUAAGCCAGGAGGAAAUAUGUGAGAGAAGAAGACAAUACACAUCAGACAACAUGAAUGAAAGAUCACAUCUAAGCCAAUACAGAAACAGGUCGGUCGAGGAGAAUUUAAGAAUCUUUCAGGAGAUGGUUGAUGGUAAGUGGGAAGAAGGAACAGCAUGUCUUCGAUUCAAAAUGGAUACGAAUACAAAGAAUCCUCUAAUGCUUGACUUGAUAGGGAUUCGAAUACUGAAUGCAGUGCAUCCUAUGAAAAAGGUGAGAUAUACCGUGUAUCCAACAUAUGAGUUCGCUCUUUGCGUGUCUGACAGCCUGGAAGAUGUAACACACUCCUUCUGCACGAGAGAGUUCUUUACACGGCAGGAGAGCUAUCAUUGGCUGCUUGACCAGCUCGAGAUUUACAAACCAAUCCAAUGGGAGUUUAGCCGUCUGAACAUAAGUAAUACGGUUUUGAGCAAGAGGAAGCUGGUCCCUCUGAAGAAGUAUGGGAUAGAGUUGGACGAUCCCCGUCUUUUUACAAUAAAGGGCAUGAGAAGGAGAGGAUUCCCUCCUGAAGCCAUCAACGAGUUCUGUAAGAGUCUUGGACUUACUUUUGCUGAAACAAUAGUGGAUGUAAAGAAACUCGAGAAUUUUGUUAGAGACAAUCUCAACAGAACUUCUAGAAGGAUCAUGUGUGUAAGAGAUCCUUUAAAGGUAACAAUAAUGAACGCCGAGCCCUGUAGUGUAUCUAUUCCAGAUUUCCCUGGAUCAGAGGUAAGCAGAAAUGUUCCCUUUACUCCAGUCAUAUACAUAGAGAAGUCGGACUUUAUGGAUAAGGGAGAUGGAGACUUUUUAAGACUUACACUUGAUCAGCCUGUUGGGUUGUACAUGCUUUAUCCAAUAAGGGUUGUAAAGGUAACUGAAGACGGGAUCCUUGCAGAAAGAUGGGAUGGGAUUCCUAAAAAGUUCAUCCACUGGGUUAGUUCGGACUGUGUCCGAGUAGAGAUGAGGAUGUAUUCUCCACUCUGGACAUCAUUCAGUCCAAAGGACUCUACCUAUCUUGAGGAGAUGAACAAAGAUAGUCUAAAAAUUGUCCACGGGCUUUGCGACAAAAGAAUUAGUGAAGCCGGUGUCGAGGAUAGAUUCCAAUUCCAACGCAUUGGGUAUUUCUGUGUGGACAGAGACACAACUGAAGAGAACAUUGUUGUUAAUCUCACACUCCCUCUUAAGAACAUUGUCUAG